AUUGCUUCCGGUUCAUUCGUUCUGCAUGUUGCUGUUCAGUCAAGCCUAUAAUACUUUUACUUUUCUACGUUUAAUACAUUUGUUAUAAAGAUGUCCCGGGGCUCUAGCGCGGGGUUUGAUCGUCACAUCACUAUCUUUUCUCCGGAGGGAAGACUGUAUCAAGUAGAAUAUGCAUUCAAGGCCAUAAACCAGGGUGGUCUGACAUCAGUUGCUGUUCGAGGAAAAGACUGUGCGAUUGUUGUAACACAGAAAAAAGUCCCAGACAAGUUGCUGGAUUCAUCAACCGUCACGCACUUAUUCAGAAUUACAGAGAACAUUGGCUGUGUGAUGUCCGGGAUGACAGCUGACAGCCGGUCUCAAGUACAGCGAGCUCGAUAUGAGGCCGCCAACUGGAAGUACAAGUACGGCUAUGAAAUUCCUGUUGACAUGCUUUGUAAAAGGAUCGCUGACAUCUCUCAGGUUUAUACACAAAAUGCGGAGAUGAGGCCACUCGGCUGCUGCAUGAUUGUGAUUGGUCUAGAUGAGGAGCUCGGCCCGCAAGUGUAUAAAUGUGAUCCUGCAGGCUAUUACUGUGGCUUUAAGGCCACGGCUGCAGGUGUAAAGCAGACAGAGGCCACAAGCUUCCUGGAGAAAAAAGUCAAGAAGAAGCUUGACUGGACAUUUGAGCAGGCAGUCGAGACGGCGAUCACUUGUUUAACAACUGUUCUGUCGAUUGAUUUCAAGCCAUCGGAGCUGGAAAUAGGCGUCAUUACAGCAGAGGAUCCGAAAUUCAGGAUCCUAUCAGAGUCAGAGGUGGACACUCAUCUGGUGUCUCUGUCCGAGAGGGACUGAAGUCUCCUGCUGUUUUCUUGUAAAUUUCCUGUUCCAUUAAAGACAUUUGAAAAAAAAAAAA